GCCCCUACGCACGCGCACUCUCACGCGCCUGUGUUGCCGCCCGCAGCCCUGGCUUCGGGCCUCAGGGAGCUCUGGUGCAGUCUCCGCCUGUCAGUGCCGGCAGUCGUCCGCGGCGCCCGCCCCGGUCCCGCACUGGUGCAGCCAUGUCCUCUUCCCCGUGGGAGCCUGCGACCCUGCGCCGGGUGUUCGUGGUGGGGGUUGGCAUGACCAAGUUCGUGAAGCCUGGAGCUGAGAAUUCAAGAGACUACCCUGACUUGGCAGAAGAAGCAGGCAAGAAGGCUUUAGCUGAUGCACAGAUCCCUUAUUCAGCAGUGGACCAGGCAUGUGUUGGCUAUGUUUUUGGUGACUCUACCUGUGGGCAGAGAGCUAUCUAUCACAGUUUGGGAAUGACCGGAAUUCCUAUAAUCAAUGUCAACAAUAACUGUGCUACUGGUUCUACUGCUUUGUUUAUGGCCCGCCAGCUGAUUCAGGGUGGUGUGGCAGAAUGUGUCUUGGCUCUUGGGUUUGAGAAGAUGAGUAAGGGAAGCCUUGGAAUAAAAUUUUCAGAUAGAACCAUUCCCACUGAUAAGCAUGUUGACCUCCUGAUCAAUAAGUAUGGAUUGUCUGCUCACCCAGUUGCUCCUCAGAUGUUUGGGUAUGCUGGAAAAGAACAUAUGGAAAAAUAUGGAACAAAAAUUGAACACUUUGCAAAAAUUGGAUGGAAAAAUCAUAAACAUUCAGUUAAUAACCCGUAUUCCCAGUUCCAAGAUGAAUACAGUUUAGAUGAAGUGAUGGCAUCUAAAGAAGUUUUUGAUUUUUUGACUAUCUUACAAUGUUGUCCCACUUCAGAUGGUGCUGCAGCAGCAAUUUUGGCCAGUGAAGCAUUUGUACAUAAGUAUGGCCUGCAAUCCAAAGCUGUGGAAAUUUUGGCACAAGAAAUGAUGACUGAUUUGCCAAGCUCGUUUGAAGAAAAAAGCAUUAUUAAAAUGGUUGGCUUUGAUAUGAGUAAAGAAGCUGCAAGAAAAUGCUAUGAGAAAUCUGGCCUGACACCAAAUGAUAUUGACGUAAUAGAACUUCACGAUUGCUUUUCUACCAACGAACUCCUUACUUAUGAAGCACUGGGACUCUGUCCAGAAGGACAAGGUGCAACGCUGGUUGAUAGAGGAGAUAAUACAUAUGGAGGAAAGUGGGUCAUAAAUCCUAGUGGUGGACUGAUUUCAAAGGGACACCCACUAGGCGCUACAGGAGGACAUUCCUGCUCUUGAAAUUUCCUGAUAACCCGGACAAGUUCAUGGAAAGCUUGAUCUACAUUCAACCUAAUCUUUGCUGAUGCCUCCAUGUAUGUUACCUUAAGUUGCCGUGCUAACUGCUGUCCUCCUUCCUGUGUUACCUGUCUUUGAUGAUCCAGAUCUGCUUUAUUACCAAUUAAAAUCAUUGGGAACUCAUCACGAUCCUUUACUCUGAGAAUCUGUCUUUGAAACUUAUAGAUUUCUUCAAAACUGCCUCUAUCUGUGACUGAAAAGACCAACAGGAAGCCCUCGCCAGUCCUCAUAUACUGUUCUCUCAUGGCUCCAAACUCUUCUUGUCCUGCUGUAUCCAAAAUAUCUAGCCGGGCUGCUCUGUCAUCUAUCACACACUGCUUUGUGUAAGAAUCUUCAAUGGUUGGAUCAUAAUCCGUUACAAAAUAGGACUCCCAACUUAGGAAACAAAACAUUUGUAAUAUGAUUGAAGACUCUUACAUGCCUCCUCAAUAAUAUUCCCCUCUCUCCUCCCACAACACCAAGAGGUAAUCAACAUCCUGAAUUUGGUAUCUGUCAUUCUCAUGCAUUUAUACAACAUUAGUAAUCAUAUGAUAGUAUUCCUAAACUACGUUUUGGAGAGGACACCACUGCAAAUCUUCAGCUCUCUACUAGCUUUUAUCAGUAGCCAUCAAUUGCAGUUUUAAUAGAAAUACAAAUGCAUCAAGUGUCUGUUCUUUAAUUUGUAAAGAAAAUUUGUUUUCUAGUGUGACACCCUCAAGGUACUGUAUCUGUAUGUAAAUGUUGUGCCCAAUGCUACACAGACAUUAUUUUAAAACUAUUUUCUGCCUUUGGUAAAUAGACUAAACUGUUUUCUUUAUUCCUCAAAAGAAUUAGAUCAUACUACAGUGUUGAUUUUGUUGCUAAUGGGACAUGGAGAUGUCUGGAUGAUAAUAAAUAUUCCUGUGGUAUGGUCACUGAAGCCUUUAGGAGUUAUGCUGUAGUUUGUGUGUAAAGAAGUGACUUAAAUCCUCCUUUCAGACAGCUUCCUUACUCAUAUAGGAAACCUCUGUUUCAUUAGGAGAUGAAUACGAUAUUUCAUUUUAGUUGUUCUUGUUGACAUACAACUUUUUUCUCCUCUGAAAUAGCAUGUUUUUAUUAUAAUUUGCUUGAUUGCCAUUGGUAGAUAUUUUUGUUAUGCCAUCCACUGAAAUACUCAGAAAUCAUGCUUUAUAGUAACAAUAUAAUUUUUCAUAUCUAUAUUUGUUAUUAAAAUUUAGAUCUAAUUUUUAUACAAUAAAAUGCACAGUUCUGCCUCUCAGAACCUUCCUGCUGCCGCAUUUGCACCUUGCUGCUCUAGCCUCUGGGGUGCAUUCCAUCCUUUCAGCCUGCAACUAGCAGAGAAAAAAAAUUACAUAUUUUCUUGCCCCAUGCAUACCUUGAGGUGAGCAAAAAAAUUAAAAUAAAUUUUAACCAUGAGGGAAAUCGUGCACAUCCAGGCCUGUCAGUGUCGCAACCGGAUGGGUGCCAAGUGCUGGGAUGUGAUCAGUGAUGAACGUGAAAUCGACCCCACCAGCACCUAACAUGGGGACAGCGACCUGCAGCUGGACUGUGUCUCCAUGUACUACAGUGAAGCCAUAGAUGGCAAAUAUGUUCCUUGUGCUAACCUGGUGGAUCUAGAACCUGGGACCAUGGACUCUGCUAGCUCAGGCCCUUUUGGCCAGGUGCUUAAACCAGACAACUUUGUUUUUGGUCAAUCUGGGGCAGGCAACAACUGGGCCAAAGGCCACUACAUAGAGGGGGCCAAGCUGGUUGAUUCAGUUGUAGAUGUGGUGCAGGAGGAGUAAGAGAGCUGUGACUGCCUGCAGGGCUUCCAGCUGACCCACUCAAUGGGCUCUGGAAUGGGUACUCUCUUUAUCAGCAAGAUCCGAGAAGAGUGCCCUGAUUGCAUCAUGAACACCUUCAGUGUGGUGCCUCCACCCACAGUGUCUGACACCGUGGUCGAGCCCUACAACAUCACCCUCUCCGUCCAUCAGUCGGUAGAGAACACUGAUGAGACCUACUGCAUUGACAACGAGGCCCUCUAUGACAUCUGCUUCCGCACUUUGAAGCUGACCACACCAAACUAUGGGGACUUGAACCACCUUGUCUCAGCCACCAUAAGCAGUGUUACCACCUGUCUCCGCUUCCCUGGCCAGCUCAAUGCUGACCUCCACAAGUUGGCAGUCAAACUGGUGCCCUUACCACAUCUCCACUACUUCAUGGCUGGCUUUGCCCUCUCACCAGCUGUGGAAGCCAGCAGCAUCGAGCUUUCACAGUGCCCAAACUCAUCCGGCAGGAUUUCAAUGCCAAGAACAUAAUGAGACCCCUGCCACAGCUUAUAUCUUACUGUGGCUGCUGUCUCUGUGGAGGGAUGUCCAUGAGCAGAUGCUCAACGUGCAGAACCAGAACAGCAGCUACUUUGUGGAGUGGAUCCCCAACAACAUCAAGACAGCUGUCUGUGACAUCCCACCUCAUGGCCUCAAGAUGGUGGUCACGUUAAUCGGCAGCAGCACGGGCAUCCAGGAGCUCUUCAGGUGCAUCUUGGAGCAGUUCACUGCCAUGUUCCCCUGGAAGGCCUUCCUCCACUGGUACACAGCCGAGGGCAUGGAUGAGAUGAGAGUACAGCAAGGCUGAGAGCAACAUGAACGACCUUGUCUCUGAGUAUCAGCAGUGCCAGGAUGCCACCACAGAAGAGGAGGAGGAUUUCGGUGAGGAGGCUGAAGAGGAGGCCUAAGGCAGAGCCCCCAUCGCCUCAGGCUUCUCAGUUUCCUUAGCCAUCUUACUCACCUGCCACUUUUCUCUCCCUCAGAAUUUGUGUUUGCUGCCUCAAACAUAAAUCUAGAUCUAGAACAGCGCCUAGCAAGUAGUAGGCACUUAAUACUUGUUUGUUGAAUGUUUCCUUUCUCUUUCCACUCUGGGAAGCCUAGGUUUCUGCCACUCUGGGUGACCCUGUAUUUCCUUCUGGUGCCCAUCCCUUCCAUCUGUCCAGUUAAUAUUUCCUCCUUUUUAAAAUCUGAAGCUGGGUCUCAUCCAGAUCUCAUUUAGAACCAACUGGGUUUUGAAAGCCCAUGUGGAUAAUGGCCACCAUCCUAAGCCCAAAGCGAAAGAUGGUAGAAGGUGGCAGGUAGAAGUCACUGCAAGGAAGGGGAUGGGAUUUUCCAUCCUAAAAGUUUUGGAGAGGGAAAUCCAGGCUAUUGAAGUCAUAAUUUCCAGGUAUUUCCGUUUUCCAUUUCUCAGCUUCAAGAGAGGUGUUAGUAGUAUUUUCUCCAUUUUCAAUCUCCCUCCAAGCUCUGCCCUUUGGAGAGGUCUGCCCCACUCUGUCAAGUGGAAUCUUUCCCUCUCUGACUCUACCUCUCUCACAUAUUGAAUUCCUCCCUUUCCCCUGAUUAGAGAAGGGGAUCAAGGGGGGAAAGAGAUCAGCCUUGGUCCCUAGGCCUUCAGAAAUGCCCUCCUAAUCUCCACCUUUUCUUAACCCCCAAAAAGGAUUAACAUCCCUGACUUUAUGUGGGAUGGUAUAUACUGUCACAUCAGUGUUUGAGUCAUUCCCCAGAGGGAAGGGGAACCCUCCUCCAUCUUUUUUGCAACAUCUCCUAUCUUCCUUUUGCUGUUGCUUUUUCCCCCCUUACACUUGGUUUUGUUCUAUCCUACACUACAGAUUUAUAUUUUGAACUUGCUGCUUUUUUUCAUAUUGAAAAUGUGACAUUGCUCCAAGAGCCAAAAAUAAAUGUGAAUUGGAAAAAAAAUGCACAGUUCUCACAAAAAUGUGUACACUAAUGUUUACAGCAGCAUUAUUCAUAAUAGUCAAAAGCUGGAAACAAGCCAGAUGUCUGUCAUCAACUGAUGAGCAAAAUGUGGUAUAUUUAAUUUUAUUUUUUUAGAUUUUUUUCCAGACAGUCUUACUCUGUCCCCGAGGUUAGAGUGCAGUGAUGUGAUCUUGGCUCAUUGCAACUUCUGCCUCCCUGGUUCAAAUGAUUCUCCUGCCUCAGCCUCCUGAGUAUGUGGGAUUACAGGCACCUGCCACCAUGCCCAGCUAAUUUUUGUAUUUUUAGUAGAGACGGGGUUUCAUUAUGUUGGCCAGGCUGGUCUCAAACUCCUGACCUCAAAUGAUCCUCCCGCCUUGGCCUUCCAGAUGUGAGCCACUGUGUCCGGCCAAAAUGUGGUAUAUUUAUACUAUGGAAUAUUUUUUGGCCAUGAAAGGAAUGAGAUACUGAAAUACGCUACAAUAUAGAUGAACCUUGAAAACAUUUUUAAAUUCCAUUUUUAUGACAUGUCCAGAAUAGGCAAAUCCAUAGAGACAGAAAAUAGAUUAGUGGUUGCUUAGGACUAGGGAACACAGGAGAGAGAUAACUAAAGGGUAUGUGUGGAGUUUCUUUUUGAGAUGAUGAAAAUGUCCUAAAAUUGAUUGUGGUGCUAGUUGCACAACUCUGUGAAUACACUAAAAACCACUGAAUUAUACACUUUAAAUCGAUAAUUGUUUUUGAAAAUUAUAUACAUCCAGGUAGCAACCAGCCAAAACAAGAUCAAAAACAUUUUCAUUACCCCCCAAAAGUUCUAGCCUGUCUAUUUCCAGUCAAUCCUCUGGCCUCCCUGAAACAUUUCUCUCUCAUUCUCCACCACCACCAGGCUGAGAUGUUUGACUUCUCUCAUGGUAGAUUAGUUUUGCUGAUCCGUGAACUUCAUAUAAAUGGAAUCAUACAGCACAUGUAUGUAUUCUUUUGUGUUUGGCUUCUUUCACUCAGCAGAUUAUAAAAUUAAUCCAAGUUUUUCCAUCAGUAGUUCUUUUUUAUUGCCAAGUAGUAUUCUAUUGUUGAAAUAUAUCAGUUUGCUUAUCCAUUGUCCUGUGGAUGGAUAUUUGAAUUGUUUCCUGUUUAGGGCUGCAUGAAUAAAAUUGCUAUGAAUGUUUGUACACAA